AUAAAAUGACCACAUUAAGAGAAGUUUAUAAUGAAAUAUUAUUUUUACUACCAGACUAACCUACAAAUAAAACCUUAUUGUCAAUCUUAUUAAUUCAUAGUAUUAAUGUCAAAGAAGGACUGAAAAAUAAUGGCAUUAAUGAAAAUGAUGAAAUUCAUGAUUGGGUAGGAAUAGCUGAAGGAUGGGAUUAAUCAGAAGAUGGUAUUCUAAUAUUUUAAUAUUAGGUGUAUAUUCUCUUAGAUACAUAAAUUAACAUAAAGAAUUAUGUUAAUUUAAAUUUUUAACACUUCCAAAUUUAGAAGACACUUUAUCAAUUAAUGCUGUUGUUUUAGGAAGAAAUGAUUAGAUAUAUUCGUAUCAACUCCCAGUAUCUUAAUUGAAUUUCGAUAAUCAAGAUUAAAUAUUUAAAUCAAAUACUAUUAGUGCUUAUAAAAAAUCAAUUUUAUCAAAAAUAUUAAUAAAAAAGUAAGAACCUGAAAAAAUAGAAAAAUAAUAAUCAAAUAUUUUAUUAGAAGAACCUCCUUAAUAAUAAUAAUAACCUUAAGGUUUAUUAUGGAAUAUACCAAGAAACUAACCAUUUUCAGUUGGGAAUUAAGAUCUUAACCCUUUUAAUAGAAAUCCUUUUGAUAAUAGAGGAAAUAUGGGUGGAAAUUUGAUGGGACCUUAGUAUUUCUAGAACUUUAAUUAAAGAUAACAAUAAUAAUAAUAAUUUAAUCCAUAUGCUCCUCCAGGUGCAAGAUUUGAUCCAUUUGGUCCUGAACCUGAUAUUAAUCCAUUUGGAGAACCUAAUCAUAAGAAACCAUGGCCAGAUCCAUUUGGAAGGGGAGGCUAAUUUCCAUUUUGAUAAAUUUAUUUG